AUGGAAGCACACGCAUUAACGGCCCUUUUGACCGAGAAAAGACUUCGGUUUCCCUUUAUUGUUCUGUUAUUGAGUGGUGGUCAUUCUUUAAUUGCUGUUGUUCGUGGCGUUGACGAUUUUGUACUCCUUGGUACAGGGCUUGAUGCGUCUCCGGGGGCAAUUAUUGAUAAACUAUCUCGACGCUUGCAUCUCCCAUCAUUACGUAUAUCUCCCGACCAUGACCUUUCUUGUGUUAGCGGUGGAAGGGCUAUGGAGCUUAUAUAUCAAAUUCUGAAAGGAAACCCAAGGGCGUAUUCUCUUCCUUUACCAAGGAGUGUAUCAAGGGAUUGCGAUUUUUCGUUUUCUGGGAUUCAUGUAGCAGCUGAACGCUUAAUUGAACGCAUUGAAUUGGAUAAUCUAUCUAGGUCAGACAUUCAUGAAGGCGAAGAAUUCGUGGCUUCUGCAGAAGAACGCUUAAUGAAUACCAAUUCAGUUUUGCCGCGUUUGAAUUUAUCAAUAGUUUCGGAUGUUUGUGCGUCAAUACAGUAUACUAUAUCAAAACAUAUUUGCCGCAAGACGCAAAGGGCUAUCGAAUUCGCGUUAUCUAACGGUCUGCUUGUUCGCAAUUCCGGAGCUGAAUUUCCAUGUUCGGAUUCGUCUGAGUCUGCUUUUAAAGGAUCCUCCCUAGUAGUUUCAGGAGGUGUAGGAGCCAACCAAUUGAUUCGCGAUAACUUGGAGCGGGUUGCAGCUCACUACAAAAUUAAUUUUGUCGCUCCGCCGCCUUCUCUCUGCACUGAUAAUGGAGUCAUGAUAGCAUGGAACGGUGUUCUUCUUUAUCAAAAAGGCCUGCGGAUAAUCAGUGAUAUUGAUUCAUUAGACUUCGAGACUAAGUAA